AUUUACAUGAUGAAGGUCAUGAGAGUUGGAUUAGCACUGGCACUGCUCAUUACAAUAACGGUUCUUACCAUAGUCACUGCACAGCAAGUGGACCAGCAACCACCUCCACCCAUGCUACCCGAGGAAGAAGUGGGAGGAUGCAGCAGAACAUUCUUCUCGUCACUGGUGCAGCUGAUACCGUGCAGAGCAGCAGUGGCUCCUUUCAGCCCUGUCCCACCAACUGAAUCCUGUUGCGCUGCUAUUGUCACACUUGGUCGCCCUUGCCUUUGCCUACUCGCCAAUGGACCUCCACUCUCAGGAAUUGACCGCUCCAUGGCUCUUCAGCUUCCUCUGACGUGCUCUGCUAAUUUCCCUCCUUGCGAUGUCAUUACCUAGGAGUCUAGAAACGAACUAUCAUCUUUCUUUUUUUUUCAUUUACCUUUCACUCUAAUAAAUACACUGUUCAGUCA